AGGGGAAAAAACGGAGCACGUGGACCGUGGUUCGACCGAUCCAAAUUAGCUAAAUCCGGCUCUCUACUAACCAAGAACAAUCCGGUUAUGAUGUAUAAAGGAAAGGAAAGUAGAUAAAGGAAGGUGAGCCACUAAAGUCAUCGUCACCUCCGUAGCUUCCGCCGUUGCCGUUCAGAUGACCACCGCUGAGUUAAAUCCAUUUCCGUCUCGCUCCGUUUUUCUCGGUGUCGACGUUGGCACUGGAAGCGCCCGUGCCGGUUUGUUCGAUGAUAAUGGGAAGCUUCUAGGAUCUGCUACUAGUCCAAUACAGAUUUGGAAGGAUGGAGACUGUAUUGAGGUUAUUAUGUUGGAUAAGGGAGAUCAUGGCUUAUUUGUUUAGAGAUUAACUUUGACAUUGAUAAUAUUAUUGGAACAGCAAUCUUCAACAGAUAUUUGGCAUGCAGUUUGUGCUGCUGUGAAAUCUGCUUGCUCUCUUGCAAAUGUUUCGGAUGUGGAAGUGAAAGGAAUAGGCUUUGCUGCCACGUGCUCUCUCGUGGCGGUUGAUGCUGAGGGAUCUCCUGUUACAGUGUCGUGGAGUGGUGAUUCAAGAAGAAACAUUAUUGUAUGGAUGGACCAUAGAGCUGUAAAGCAGGCAGAGAGAAUCAACUCAUUUAAUUCUCCAGUCUUGCAGUACUGUGGUGGCGGUGUUUCUCCAGAAAUGGAGCCACCAAAACUUUUAUGGGUGAAAGAAAAUCUUAAGGAGUCUUGGUCAAUGGUGUAUAAGUGGAUGGACUUGAGUGAUUGGCUAUCCUACAGAGCUACUGGAGAUGAUACACGUAGUUUGUGCACCACAGUAUGUAAAUGGACUUAUCUUGGCCAUGCACACAUGCACCAGAUGACUGAGAAGGCUUCUCGUGAUAUGGAAGCUUGUGGAUGGGAUGAUGAGUUCUGGGAAGAAAUUGGUUUAGGCGAUUUGGUAGAUGGGCACCAUGCUAAGAUUGGACGAAGUGUAGCUUUUCCUGGACAUCCACUGGGUAAUGGUCUAACUGCAACCGCUGCUAAGGAACUGGGUCUGUUAGCUGGAACUCCUGUUGGGACUUCACUCAUUGAUGCUCAUGCCGGUGGUGUUGGGGUCAUGGAAAGUAAAUUAGAAUCAGACUCCUUGACGAAAGAGUCAGAUGUGGAUACCUUGUGCUCUCGAAUGGUCUUGGUAUGUGGCACAUCAACUUGUCAUAUGGCUGUUUCCCGUGAAAAGCUGUUUAUUCCUGGCGUGUGGGGGCCUUUUUGGUCAGCUAUGGUUCCGGAGUAUUGGCUUACAGAAGGAGGACAAAGUGCUACUGGAGCUUUACUUGAUCACAUCAUCGAAAAUCAUGUUGCUUCUCCCCGUCUUGCAAAUCGUGCUGCUUCCCAGAAAGUUUCUGUGUUUGAACUCCUAAACAACAUUUUGAAAACGAUGGCUGAAGAUACAAGUUCUCCAUUUAUAUCUGCCCUUACCUCAGACAUGCAUAUCCUUCCCGACUUUCACGGAAACAGAUCUCCCGUUGCAGACCCAAAUUCGAAAGGAGUGAUAUUCGGAAUGUCUCUUGACACGUCCGAGAAGCAGUUGGCUCUUCUAUACCUCGCCACAAUUCAGGGAAUCGCAUAUGGUACACGUCAUAUCGUAGAGCAUUGCAAUACUCAUGGUCACAAAAUUGAUACACUGCUUGCUUGUGGCGGCCUUUCAAAGAACCCAUUGUUCAUCCAAGAACAUGCUGAUAUAGUCGGUUGUCCGAUUAUUCUUCCUCGAGAAAGCGAGUCUGUUCUCUUAGGAGCAGCAAUUCUUGGAGCAGUUGCUGGCAAGAACUACCCUAGUCUCCAUGAUGCCAUGAAAGCUCUUAACGCAGCUGGACAAGUGGUUCAUCCCUCAUCAGACCCUAAGAUCAAGAAGUAUCACGAUGCAAAGUACCGUAUUUUCCGCAACCUCUACGAACAGCAAUUGUCUCACCGUUCCAUCAUCGCUGAAGCUCUUGCAUAAUGUUUCUGAUCAACAAAAACUGUAUAGUUCUCUGCAACAUUUACCUUCCUUUUUCUAUACAUUCACAGUAAUAAUAAUAAUCUGUUUUGAUUGCUCUUCUUGACUAAUAUGUAUAUAGAAUAAUACAAUAAUGUCAUGAAACUUGGGAAAUUGGAAGUAAAACAAAGACCAGUGUGAGCUACCGAAACCAAAACCGUAACAAUUCGCUACAUGUUAUAUUUGGACUCAUUUAGACAUUCUCUUAUAAAAAU